AUGUCAGGAUCCCUCAAGAUUCCUCUACCAGCACAAGCAGUACAAUCAGUACAAGCAGUACUAGUAGUAUGUCUGCUACUGGUGUGCUUGGCUGAAGUGUCCUUUGGGUUUGUGGUCAAUCCCAAGUUGGUCCAGCCUGGUAUUCAUGCCAACAGUAAGGUUCUUAAGCCUGAGGGGAUGAGUAUGGUUCAGGUUCAGGUUCAGGUUCAGGUUCAGGUUCAGGCUCAGGUCCAGGUCAAGACCAUGCUGUGGCUAAGCAGUGGUGGUGCAAGUGGUGGCAACCCCAAUGAAGAUGAAGCAGAUGAAGCAGAAGGAGCAGAAUUGGCUUCUCAAUUGUUCCAAAUGGCAGCCAAGUAUGGAAUUACAGGAGGAGAUGAUUUAGCCUUGGAGGAUGAAGAAGAUGAGGAGGAAGAAGAUGAAGAUGAAGAUGAUGAAGAAGAAGUGAAUAUUCCCCAAGGAGCCAUCAAUGCUUUCCUAGGUUAUGACACUGGAGAUGUGGGAGAAAAACUAGCUGGCAAUGUCAGUCUGACCGACAAUCAGUUGUACUCGGAAGUCAAAGACAGAGUCCUAGAUACGGCUGGAGGAUUUGUGGAAAUGGUCAGAGGACCCAGAGAUGACGACGAGGAAGACGAAGAUGGACCCUGGGGAGAUGACAAACCCAAGGAAUAUAUUCCUCCUAUCCGAGUACCUGAUGCCGAACUCACUGCUGGAGAAGUCGUUCUGCUCAUUCUAGAAGCACUCAACAACAAUGACAAUCCAUCUACAAACAGAGGAGUAGAAAUACUUUUCGGAUACGCAAGUCCAGGAUCCACCAUUCAAGAGGAACGCAAAAUUGGACUCACCGAACAAGAUUAUGCUGACUUUCUGAAAGAAUCAGAAUACAAGGUGCUCUUUCAGCAUGAAAAGGUCACCAUUGACAAGGGCGACUACUCGUUUGACGGAAACAAGGCAUUCUUCACGGCGAGAUUGCAAACUGGACCUAAUCCUACCAUGGAUGUCGUGCCCGUAAACUUUAUUCUUUCUUCCUCGGCCGGGUCCACCGAUGAGUCGUGCUGGUUGGUUGAUAGCAUGUUGAUCAGGCCGCAGGCCAUGAGGAGGAGGAGACGAAAGUAG